GAUUGCCGAGUGGCGGCUGGCGGCGUGGCCGUAGCCGCGAGGUGAGCGGAGAGAAAUACAGGAAGCCAAAGAAAGUGGAAGUGGAAAGAGAGUGAGAGUGAAGGCUUCGGCCGGGAGCACGCAAUACCAGCGGCGCCGGUACCACUCGAAAGGUUCCUGAGGCAAACUCCGGCCAGCCACAAGCGGCCAGCCUGCGAAUUCUUACCUGCGCUUUUCACGAGGCACGAGUAGCUCAAGGAUGUUGGACACGAGCACCGUACGCCUAGUGAUACUCCUGGGUAUGUUUCUGGUCUUCGCCGGGGAUCACGGCACGCUAAUAACGUCGCUCUGGAGCAGCGGCGCCGAGGGCAACCGGACCGAGGCACUGAAGAAGAUGCCGGAGGGUCCGCCUAACAAGGGCCCCCACCUCGACUGGAUGGUCUACGCCGCGACGCAAAAGAGCCUGGAAACGGAAAACGCAAUCACGAGGCGCGCCAAGAUGAUGACGACAAUCAAGACGGCCUGUCUGCCAAAACUCAUUUGCGAGCUGUCAUCUGUCGCGCACCAGAACCAGCUAAGCGAAAUGGAGCGCUCGCUCCUGAACUUAAUCAGGGACACGACACUGGACAACGUCGCCGAGGUCGCCUCAAAGUACCACUACGCCGCGCACAUGGGACAGCUGAUAUCGGGCAUCGAGGGCCAGGGCUGCCAAAACUUCUACCCCACCUGUCCGCUCUCCGGCGCCAACAUUCUCAAAAUGAUGAAGAAAAUUCGGCCACACUGAGACCCCGAGGGACGCCCACGCCUCGGGAUUCGGAUGCACUUUAAUGCGAGAGACGCUGUCCGCGUGUCUGUGAUAUAACAUUCUUAAUUGUCAGCGACGAAGCCAACCAACCCAUACUUACGUCAACAAGCAUCCCUGUAUAUAUUAGUGAUCUGCCUUGCUUUCUGUAUAUACCUCCAGAGACCAUAGACGUUAAAUUUAGAAUUUCGAUGCUAGUCGAAAGCCAUUCGCUCU